CGCGCGCGGUAGACGCGUUUCUCUGCAUUUUGACUCGACAUGAAUAGAAUACCCGUCGUGCUGACAAUCGAUGAGAUUGAGUAUCUACUCGAUCAACUGCCUGCUCCGGACAAGGAUGAGGACGCACUCGUGACGAAACUUCGGGAAACGUUGAAACGAUCCCUUGAAGAGGUUCGCAAGAAUGCAGAGUAG